AUGCGCAGUCCCAUCCCAGGCCUGGGCAGGGUGAUGGUGUUCCUCGCGUCAGCCCUGGCAUCAGCUCCCCUCGCCGUCCCCGAGAGCUGGGGAGAGGAAGGUGUGCAGUAUGGACGGGUGGGGACAGACGUGACCCUGUCAUGCACCAGCACCCAUGCCGGCUCGCCAGUGCAAUGGAGACGGGUGGGUGCUGUGGCACUGCCGGAGGGCUCAGCCGUCCAUCAGGGAGCCCUGGUGCUGCCGCAGGCUGGGCUGGCCACUGCAGGGACCUACAGCUGCCACGGCGAGGGUGGGGGCCCCCCGCAUGUUGCUUCCCACUGGACCCCAGACCUGCCAGGAGUCCCCUUUGUGUCCUGCAGAGCAUCUGACUAUGAGAACUUCUCCUGCUCCUGGACCUCCAGCGUGGAGACCUUCCUCCCCACCAGAUACAUCACAACCUACAGGAAGAAAUCGCUGACGGGCGAAGAGAAGCGGAGGAACAAGAAUGGGCACGUGGGGCCAUGCCUGCAGGAUCCAUCCCGUCCUGGCACCUGCACGGUCCAUGGGUCAGAGUUCUGGAGCUCCUACCGCCUGAAUAUCACCGAGGUGAACCCGCUGGGAUCCAGCUUCCGCCUCCUCGACGUCACCAUGCAGGCCAUCAUUAAGCCAGACCCUCCAGAGGGCUUGGUGGUGGAGCCCAUCCCCCUGGCCCCACGGCGGCUCCACGUGAGCUGGAAGUACCCCUCUUCCUGGCCCAAGGAGCCCCACUUCCAGCUCAGAUUUCGACUCCAGUACCGGCCUGUCAUCCACCGGUCCUGGUCUGUGGUGGAGACAGUCAACCUCUCUGAGGUGAUCACAGAUGCCUUCACUGGGCUGGAGCAUGUGGUUCAAGUCAGUGCCAAGGAUUUCCUGGAUGCGGGGAACUGGAGCGAGUGGAGCGCUGAGGCCCGGGCAACGCCAGUCAGAGACCUAGCCACCGCGACGAGUGAAAAAACCACUACAGAUGCCAACCUGGAGAGCAUGGCUGAGGAGCCCUCCCAGGCUUCCAACCCUGAGCCCAUCAACCGCAGCGACCCCCUGGAGAAGAUGGCCAUCCUCGUGUCCCUUGGGAUCUUUGCCUUCUUUGUCCUGGCUGCUGUUCUCAUCAUCACUGUCCUCAUCUGGCUCCGGGUGAGGAAACACAGCAAGGAUGAGACCAAACCCCACAACUUCUUGGUUGCUGCCACCCACCUGAAGGCACUGCCAAAGGCACAGAUCCUGUAG